AUGGCUGUGUUCACCACACCUGAGCAGUGGAAAUCUGUUCUUGACAUCACAAUGCAGACCAGUACAAAUUCAAGUUUACAUCCUGUGGUUGAGGCAUAUGAAACAUUUGUUUUUGACUACGUGGUGGACAUCUUCUCUCUGGUCAUUGCCCUGGUGGGGCUGGUGGGGAACAGCAUUGUCCUGUGGCUCCUGGGCUUCCACAUACAGAGGAGCCCCUUCUCUGUCUACAUCCUCAACCUGGCUGUGUCUGAUGCCCUCUUCCUUUGUACCUGCUUUGGGGUGCGUAUGUGGGAAAUUGUUGGAGAUUUAAACCCUUUUGUCCUGGACGUGCUAGGGCCCUGCAUCCUAAACCUGCCUUACUGGGUGAGUCUGAGCUUGCUGGCAUCCAUCAGCACCGAGCGCUGUCUCUCUGUGCUCUUCCCCAUUUGGUACAGAUGUCACAGGCCAAAACACACAUCUGUUGCUGUGUGUGCUAUCCUAUGGGCUCUGUCUAGCCUGUUCUGGGGAACACUUGUGGCUCUUUAUUUCCUUGAGAAUCACCAUGUCUUCGUUUUCCACCAUGCUCUGGCCUUAGUCGAGUUCGGGUGGUUCGCCCUCCUCACCUGUGUGCUGUGCAUUUCCAGCCUGACCCUGGUGCUGAGGGUCCAGUGCAGCUCCCAGCGCCAACGGCCACCCAGACUCUACCUCCUGGUCCUGCUCGCUGUCCUCCUGUUCCUGGUCUUUGGCCUGCCCUUGGGGAUUAUUGAUGCAAUGUGGUUUUCCAACAUCUUCUCUUUAAUGUCUUAUGCGCACUCAAGACUCCUGGCCUGUGUGAACAGCAGUGCAAACCCUUUCAUUUACUUCUUCCUGGGCAGCCAUUGGAGUAGAAGAGGGAGGGAGCCCCUCAGGGUGGUCCUCCAGAGGGCUCUGGGUGAGGAGCAGGAAGGUGGGUUUGGGGUGAGGGACACUUCCCACCCCAACACUCUGGAUAAAUUAUCCUGA